GAUAAAAGCUCAAAUUUCAUUUUCGGUGAAGGAAAGCGCAGAAGAGCGAGUCUUUUUUAUUUUUUCCCUUUUUUAAAAAAAAAGAAACUUUUUUUUUUUCGGGUUGUUGUUGUUGCUUCCCCUCCCCCGCCCCCUUUUGGGGAGUUUUGCUUUGCCCAAGUAGUUGAAAAGUGAAAUCGACUCGUGAUGGUCCUCCUGUCCCUUUGGUUGGUAGCAGCUGCUCUGAUAGAGGUUAGGACUUCAGCUGAUGGACAAGCGGGUAAUGAAGGAGUGGUGCGCAUAGAUUUGCCAAAAAAGCCAUCUAGAGAGUACGAGCUGGUCACUCCCAUCAGCACCAACCUCCGGGGGCACUACCUCUCCCACAUUCUUUCUGCAAGUCAUAAAAAGAGAGCACCAAGGGAUGUGUCAUCCAACCCUGAACAAUUGUUUUUCAACGUGACAGCUUUUGGAAGAGACUUUCACCUCCGGCUGAAACCAAACACUCAAUUAGUAGCACCAGGAGCCAUGGUGGAGUGGCAUAAGACCUCUGUGGUCACUGAGGAUAGACCUAGCCAUGUAAAUGAUAGUCAGCCUGGAAGUCAUUCAGAGCAGAUUUGGAAAAGAGAACCUUUAUGGACCAACUGUGCUUAUGUUGGAGACUUAACAGACAUCCCAGGAACUUCUGUUGCCAUUAGCAAUUGUGAUGGUCUGGCUGGAAUGAUAAGGACAGAUGAUGAUGAAUAUUUCAUCGAACCUUUGGAAAAAGGCAAGCAAAAGGAAGAAGAGAAAGGAAGGAUUCACGUGGUAUAUAAGAGACCAUCAGUCAAGCAUGCACCCUUUGACACAUCCAAAGACUUCCUGUCCAGAGGACCUCAGUGGGAGGGCUUUGAUGACCUCGGUGCCAGUUAUGACCACCUUGAACAACAGCUGAAUGAGACAACGAGGCGGCGAAGGCACGCGGGAGACGAUGACCAUAAUAUUGAGGUGCUCUUAGGCGUGGAUGAUUCCGUAGUCCGCUUCCACGGCAAAGAACACGUCCAAAACUACCUCCUGACGCUCAUGAACAUCGUGAAUGAAAUUUACCAUGAUGAGUCACUUGGGGUACAUAUUAAUGUUGUGCUGGUACGCAUGAUAAUGCUGGGUUAUACCAAGUCUAUCAGCCUCAUAGAGAGAGGAAAUCCAUCCCGGAGUCUGGAGAAUGUAUGCCGCUGGGCAUGUCAGCAGCAGAAGUCAGAUCCCAAUCAUCCUGAACACCACGAUCAUGCCAUUUUUCUAACGAGGCAAGACUUUGGCCCUGCUGGCAUGCAAGGGUAUGCACCAGUCACAGGAAUGUGUCAUCCAGUAAGAAGCUGUACCUUAAAUCAUGAGGAUGGUUUUUCAUCAGCCUUUGUAGUGGCCCAUGAAACUGGCCAUGUGUUAGGAAUGGAGCAUGAUGGUCAAGGAAACAGGUGUGGUGAUGAGACAGCCAUGGGAAGUGUUAUGGCUCCAUUGGUACAAGCAGCAUUUCAUCGCUAUCACUGGUCCCGGUGCAGUGGCCAGGAAUUGAAAAGAUACAUACAUUCCUAUGACUGUCUUCUUGAUGACCCUUUUGAACACAAUUGGCCCAAACUCCCAGAACUACCAGGAAUCAAUUAUUCUAUGGAUGAACAAUGUCGCUUUGAUUUUGGCGUUGGAUACAAAAUGUGUACUGCGUUCCGAACCUUUGACCCAUGUAAACAGCUAUGGUGUAGCCAUCCUGAUAAUCCCUACUUCUGUAAGACUAAGAAAGGACCCCCACUUGAUGGGACUGAGUGUGCUCCUGGAAAAUGGUGCUACAAGGGUCACUGCAUGUGGAAGAAUGCCAAUCAAGAGAAGCAGGAUGGAAACUGGGGGUCCUGGACCAAAUUUGGCUCCUGUUCUCGUACAUGUGGGACAGGUGUUCGCUUCAGGACACGUCAGUGCAAUAACCCAAUGCCAAUCAAUGGUGGUCAGGAUUGCCCUGGCGUUAAUUUUGAGUACCAGCUCUGUAACACUGAAGAGUGCUCGAAGCUCUUUGAGGAUUUUCGAGCCCAGCAGUGCCAGCAGCGGAACUCCCACUUUGAGUAUCAGAACAGCAAACACCACUGGCUGCCCUUCGAGCACGUGGAUGCCAACAAAAGAUGCCACCUUUACUGUCAAUCCAAAGAGAUGGGAGAUGUUGCUUAUAUGAAACAGCUGGUGCACGAUGGAACCCGUUGUUCUUACAAAGACCCAUACAGCAUCUGUGUGCGAGGAGAGUGUGUGAAAGUGGGCUGUGAUAAAGAGAUUGGUUCCAAUAAGGUUGAAGAUAAAUGUGGAGUCUGUGGAGGAGAUAAUUCUCAUUGUCGCACCGUGAAAGGAACAUUUACCAGAACUCCCAAGAAGCCUGGGUACCUUAAGAUGUUUGAUAUUCCCCCUGGUGCUAGACAUGUGUUAAUACAGGAAGACGAAGCUUCUCCUCAUAUCCUUGCUAUCAAGAACCAGGCAACAGGGCAUUACAUUUUAAAUGGCCGAGGGGAGGAAGCAAAGUCUCGGACAUUCAUCGAUUUAGGUGUGGAAUGGAACUACAACAUUGAAGACGACAUUGAGACUCUUCACACUGAUGGGCCUUUACAUGACUCUGUCAUUGUUUUGAUUAUUCCUCAGGAGAAUGACACUCGUUCCAGUUUGACAUACAAGUAUAUCAUUCAUGAAGACUCAGUGCCCACCAUUAACAGCAAUAAUGUAAUCCAGGAAGAAUUAGAUACUUUUGAGUGGGCUUUGAAGAGCUGGUCCCAGUGCUCAGAACCUUGUGGCGGGGGUUCUCAGUAUACCAAAUAUGGGUGCCGCAGGAAGAGUGAUAAUAAAAUGGUGCAUCGCAGCUUCUGUGAAGCCAGCAAAAAGCCAAAACCCAUUCGUAGAAUGUGCAAUCUUCAGGAGUGCACACAUCCUCUCUGGGUGGCCGAUGAAUGGGAACAUUGUACCAAAACUUGUGGAAGUUCUGGGUAUCAGCUCCGCACAGUACGAUGCCUUCAGCCUCUCCAGGACGGAACCAACCGCUCCGUGCAUAGCAAGUACUGUCUAGGAGAGCGUCCCGAGACCCGAAGACCAUGUAACAGAUUGCCAUGCCCCUCUCAAUGGAAAACAGGGCCCUGGAAUGAGUGUUCGGUAACUUGCGGUGAAGGAACAGAGACAAGACAAGUCAUCUGCAAGACUGGAGACCAAUGUAAUGGCGAAAAACCCAUCUCAGUGAGAGUCUGUAAGCUUGCUGCUUGUAAUGAUGAGCCAUGCUUGGGAGACAAGUCAAUCUUUUGUCAAAUGGAGGUGCUGGCACGGUAUUGUUCUAUUCCAGGUUAUAACAAACUCUGCUGUGAGUCUUGCGGCAAGCGUGGUAGUACGCUUGCCCCACCCUACCUUACAGAUGCUGCUGAAACUAGUGAUGGUGCAAUUUAUCACCCCAGUGACUUCCCUAGAUCCUUAGUAAUGCCAACACCUCUGACACCUUAUCGGGUGGGACCGACAAUUAAGAAGAAAUCUCCGAGUAAGAUGCCUUCUACUGAAGAGAACUCACAUGUAUACACAGACAAUAAACCUAAUGGUGCUAACAUCCCCCAGAGAAGAGCUCCCCAACCAGAGAGCAAGACCUUGAGACCUGACCAAGAACCAUCCUCACCUUCUCCCAAAGGUCAGAGUUUCGAUUCCUCUUCUCAGGUGGCAUCUCCUCCAGUGGCAAUAAAUGCGUCCUCAGGUGCUUUAUCUCCAGUGAGAACCUCAAGGAAGAAUGAGAAGACAACUGACAAGAGACAUCCUUUAAGACCAUCCACAGUGGAAAGAUGAGAAAACUCAUUUGGAAAGGGUGGAAACCAUAGAAAAUUCUGGACACCCCAUGGUGCAUAUUGCUUUUGUUGAAAGCAGAACUCUCCACAGGUCAUCAACUCAUUCAUUUUACGUGUAAAUGGAAGAGUGAAAAGUGCUGGUUCACUUUCUAACUGCUUUCAUUCUCCAUUGUCUGAUUAGCUUGAAUUCAUUGGAAGAAGGCACCAAAGAUUUUUAGCAGAAGUGAAAGUGAGUUGCUGAGUGUAUCAGCCUUUCCCUUACUCAGAAAAGGGCGGCUGCAACCAAUUUUGCACGUCAGCUGAUUUUUUAUUCUUUAAAAAAUCACAUGUAAAAAAAUAAACCAGAGGUAUGAAAUGUUUACAUGUCCACAGAAUAUUUUGGAAAUGGAACAAGAGAAUCCAUAAGACUUGUAUUCCUAUUUAUCUAUAUAACAGAUAUUAUAUGAGCAAAUUUGCAGCUGUUGUGUAAAUACUGUAUAUUGCAAAAUCAGUAUUAUUUUAAGAGAUACGUUCUCAAACAAUUGUUUACUCUAUUACAUUUCUAAAUAUUCUAGGUGCCAGCCAUUGCGUACUGACUGCCUUAUUGACAUUCCACCAAUUGAUUUUAAAACAGCCCGUGUUAUAGAGGACAUCCAGUUUGAUACGAAUUGGAGAGAACUGGAAAUGCAACGGGUUUGAUUGGGUCAACGAUGUGAUGCUUUAAAAAAAAUUAAACAUGAGAUAUAGAAAUUCCAGUCCAAAAUAGCAUUGAAAGUCCGUGGACAGUCACAGGCAAUAGAGAAAGCUCUAAAUGCGGAUGUUCCUGUGUGUAAGCCAAGCAGAGCUUGACCAUCUUGGUUUCACCAAGCACUAUGUGAGUUUGGGUAGCCAUGUGUCUUCCCAUUUUUCAUGCUUUUCCCAGGAAAUCUAAACAGCUUAUGUUCUGAGGUCUGGAGAGUAGUCAUCUGGGUACUUGAUAAACUGUGACAUUCACAAUGGGAAGAGGCACUUGUUUGACCCCUGCAAGUCGAGAAAAGCAUCACUAGUUCAAAAGAGGCAUUCAUGUGCAUUGCCAAGAGCACGUGGCAAAAGCAGGGCUUGGGAGAGAGAGGACAUUUGAGAAAACAUCAGUUAAAAGAUGAAAUGGAGACAUGGAUUCAGAACAAUUUGUGAUAGCACCCACUAUUAUUCAUCUAAGUGCAAAUCCAAUAACAUAUGAAUAAUUUGUGUCCAUCAUCACCUUUCCUACCAGAAAGUCAACCACACUAGCUAGCAGAUGUAAAGUACGUGUAUAUAGAAUUCAGAACUGAAGAUAUUUAUUAAAAGUUGAUGUUUUCUUGAUAGUAUUUUUAUGUAAUAAAUAUUUACACUAAUAGCAGUGACAUUGUGGUAAAAAAAAUAGAGAGAUCUAAUUAGAAACAUAUGUUAUACUGUAUACCUAGAACAGAAAUUUAAGCUAACUAAACUACUGUAGUUGAAUCCUUGAACUUAAUUUGAGAAGAAAAAAAUCUCACGGUGACGACAAACAUCUCACAUUUUUAAAGUUAGUUGAUCAAAUUUUGAUGAGACUCACCUUCAAAAAAUCAAAAAACAACCAUCAACCAAAAAAUGCUUCAUCCUAUGACAACCUAAGAUGAAAAUACAGUUCAACAAAAUGGUGAAUUCAUAGUAUUAAAUGGGGCUGUGACCUAGAUUAUGGUUGAAUGAGUUGCAUUUUGGAAAGUAAGAGAGAGAAUGACAAGUUUAAGAACUGUGAUUUUCCAGAUCAGCUGGUUGAGCAGAGAUCCAUACCCCAUCUAUCAGUGCAGGCAUACCUAACGUAAACUCGAAUGGAGCUUGGUUAAUACCAGAAAGACUGGGAAAUGUGUGGCUCAUGGUGCUCUUUCUCAUGUGGACUUUGUAAGCUAGCCCACUCAACAUUAACUCAGUACCUCUCACAAACUGCUGCUGCUUUAUGCAAGCCAUCUGAAGGUCAAAGUAAUUUAAUGAGCUGUAGAUUUUGUGUUUUUUUUUUAAAGAUCGUCCCUGAGCCUCAAGCAGACCAAUAAGAUGUUUAUUUUUUCCUCAUGCUGGUCCAGAAACACAACUCUCUCUAUGAUGCUGAGAUGUCAGCAUUUGUCUAUAUACACAGGGGCAUAUGCAGGUCUAUGUGGGCAUACAUGCACCUCCAAUAAAGAUGUACAUAUUAUUUCCAUUCCAAAUCUGUAGACUUUCUUUUGUACCAAGCUCAAAUUUCUUGUUCAUAGAAGUGUACACUACUGAUGCUAUUUGUUGUAUUGGGGAGCAUGUAGCAAUAAAAAUGUUAAC